UGAUGAUCGAAGACCCGCAAACAAGCUUGCUUUUAUCAUUUCCAUCUCCGCCGCGGUGCCCUUUUGCCAAAUUUCCCCUCUGUUCUGUAACUGUGGAGUGUCAAUUUUCUCUUUUUCUUUUUCCUUUUUGUAUAAACCCAAUUGCUUCAAUAUGAUCGAUCUAGACCCGUCAAGGGACUCAGAUGCGGAUCAUUUACAAAGGGCGGAUGCUUCAGCACCGGAUCCCAAUACAACGGUCAAUCACCGUUGUCCGUCGUCAACCCUUCCCACAACAAGGGACGAUUCGCCUUCGAGUCUGCAUCGCACAGCAACCGUGACCAGUACGACGUCAACCUCUGUUAAAACUGAAUUCGCAGAGGACACGCUAUCGAACACGACAGAGAGUACUCAACAUGCUGGAAAUCCUCCAACUUCUAUUGUCCAUCCAUCCUCAACGGUAGAAAAGAAACCGAAAGUGACCAAACGUGCAGCCAAAAUUGCGGAAAAGCUAAAGAACAAAGCGGGCCGAUCGCUGUUUGAUACUGACGGUGAUGUGAGUUCUCACAAUAUUCUGGAACCCAGUGCGUCGCCUGCAGGUUCCACACGCAAUUCGCGUAAAAGAAAAGUGGAACUUGCCGAUCCCGAGAAAACCGAUCCUCCGCCUGCCAAGCAGUCCAAGCCAGCCAACACCACUGCAACAUCACGUAAAGUGUCGCCUACAAAGAUAUCGGUCAAAAUCGAACCUCACACCGACCGACCAACGACGCCUCGAAAAAAAGCGACGGAACGCAAACCAGCAGCGACGCAUUCCACCACGGCAUCGGACAAAACCAAAAAGCGAAAAGCUCGUGGCGAAGAUGAAGCCAUGCCAUUGAAGCGAGCGCAUCAUCCACCUGUGUCAAAAGAUGUUCAAAGAAGGAGCUCGCCUGCGGCACGGUCUCGGAAGGAAGCUUCGCAAACCCCGCGUCCCGUGAAAUGCAGCACACAACGAUUACUACGUACACCGAAAACGCCCCUCGAUAAGCUUCGCAAUGACUGGUUGAUCGAACGAGAGACGCAGUUGCAAACGAUUCUGGAUCGCCACGAUGCCGCGGUACGCGAACUGUACCAUUUGGAAGUGUAUCAAGAUAUGCUUUCGUAUGAUCCUCAAAAAGCGGCAAUGGAGAAAGAUGAGCGAUUGAUCAAUUAUAUGCAAAAUUACGAUCUUUGGGAUCUUGUGAACGAAGAAGUGAUUAAAAAGCAGCGAGAUUCAGGAGCACGUGUCAAUACCAGACACUCACUACAUCAUCGUCGAGCUUCUUUAGUGGAUAUGUUGCAGAACGAACUGGAUCGGAUGACACCUUCAUCAGCCGCCGACACGUCCAAAGAGGCCGGCCCUUCGUUUGUGUCAACUUCCUUUGUACGCACGGGCACGGGUAUCAAACGGUACAACCGACAGUUUCCAACGUUGGGUGAUUAUCUCGGCUCGUUUAUAUCCCUAGAGGAUAAUGAAGAUAUCACACCGGAAGAAGCACAGCAAUUGGUUGCCAAGGAGAGAGCGGUCCGACAACGCCUUGCGGCACUUAAUGAACGUGGCGGAUUUUCCACCCAACUGCAAGCGAUCGCCAACCGACGACCUCAAAUGGACCGUGUAAAGCCAAAUACCCAUCACAACGUGUUACUGACUCAAGUGGUAUCGUCUGCAAAGCUUUUUCACAGCAACUCAAAGUAUCGACGUAAUGCAGCGAGGAAAUGCGCCAAGGCCGUUGACCGUUAUUGGGACGCUAUACGUACCCACGAUGAACGUUUGCAAAAGGAGGAAAUGAAACGAAUGGCGCGACUGGCGAAAUGGACCGCGCAGCAAGUCAAGAAAAAGUGGAAGAUUGUAGAGAGAAUUUGCGAAGCCAGACAUAAAGAAAUCCUCAAAGAAGAACAAGCAGAGAAAGGCCGUCGACAUCUUGAACUGAUUCUCGAACAUUCCGAACAGAUGCUCGGCGUUCGUAUGGAAGAAUUAAGUUCCAGGAAACCAAUGAACACAGAUUUGCCGUCGGAACACGGUUCGCAGGAACAAAGACAAUCGUCAUUACCGCUGGAGGAACCGCUCGAUAAAGAACCUGUUCUUUUAACAGACCAGGAGACAGCUGAAGCUUCAUCCGCUCCACAUGACGACGACAGGGACUUGGGAAUCGAACGUAUCCUUGACGAUGAUGAAAUAACGGAACAUUCGGUGGAUACUGCAGAGAACGACGUGAGGCACGGGAAAAGUAAAGAGAACGUACCGAUCACAUCGCAGCAGGACGAGGAGGCUAUGGAGGAUAUCCAACAGGAUACGAAUACGAGUGUGGAUACGCAAGAAUCAUUGAAUGAUCAGCAAGAUGGUUCACUGUCGGAUCAUCCGGAAUGGGAAGAAGAGCAGGAAAAUGAUCAUAUCAUUCAACAGGAAGGUGAAAGUGACGACGACGAUGAGCUGGCAGAUCUCACGGCUGAUCAGGACCUAUCCGUCGAAGAAUUACUGCGAAAGUACCAUUAUCGAUUGUCGAGUGAUGAAGAAGCGUCAGAAGAGGAAGACGAGCAUGAACACGACGAAAUGUCGGAAAAACAGGAUCAUGGUAGAGGUGCACACACGAUCGAAGAUGAUGAGGAAUCAAGAGGAGAAAGAGCGCAUUCUGUGAAUGAAGAGAUGGAGGAUAACGAAGAACAGCAGGAUGACGAUGAAUUGAUGGAGGAGAUUGUGUCGGUGGAUGACAAUGAGGAAGCCAACAGAAGCGGUAGCCGGCUGGAUACCCCUAUACCAGUGCUUUUACGCGGCCAGCUACGAGAAUAUCAGCACGUUGGCUUGGAUUGGCUGGCCAGUCUGUAUACCAAUGGCUUGAAUGGAAUUUUGGCGGAUGAAAUGGGUCUUGGCAAAACGAUUCAGACCAUCGCACUCUUGGCCCAUUUGGCGUGUGAAAGAGGGCUUUGGGGUCCUCAUUUGAUUGUGGUGCCUACGAGUGUGAUUCUCAAUUGGGAAAUGGAGUUCAAACGAUGGCUUCCCGGGUUUAAGAUAUUGACCUAUUACGGUAAUCCCCGAGAACGAAAGGAAAAACGACUAGGGUGGUCAAAGGAAAAUGCGUUCCACGUAUGCAUUACAUCGUAUCAACUGGUGUUGCAAGAUCAAAAUGUGUUUCGACGCAAAGCUUGGCAGUAUCUGAUUCUGGAUGAAGCUCACCAUAUCAAGAAUUUCCGCUCACAGCGUUGGCAAGUCCUGCUCAACUUUAAUUCGUCGCGCCGUUUACUUCUCACCGGUACGCCGUUGCAGAACAACCUCAUGGAAUUAUGGUCUCUGUUGUACUUUCUGAUGCCUAGCGGCGUGUCAGAAACGAUGCCUAUCGGAUUUGCGAAUCUUCGCGAUUUUCAGGAAUGGUUUUCGCAGCCUGUGGACCGCAUGAUUGAAAGUCAGCAAGGUAUGGAUGAGGAAUCGCGUGCUGCCAUCCAGAAACUCCAUACGGUAUUACGUCCGUAUUUGCUGCGACGAUUGAAAGCCGACGUGGAAAAGCAAAUGCCGGAAAAACAUGAACACAUUGUCUAUUGUCGGCUUUCCAAGCGACAACGGUAUCUCUACGACGAUUUUAUGAGUCGAGCAAAGACCAAAGAGACCUUGGCGAGUGACAAUUUCUUGAGCAUCAUCAACUGCCUUAUGCAACUUCGCAAAGUGUGCAACCACCCGGACUUGUUCGAAGAACGACCGAUUCUCACGAGUUUUGCCAUGACGGAUGAGGUACAAGAGAACGGUCAGUACAUUGAAUCGCUUGUGCGGCAUCGUUUAUUCGGCAUUCAGUCGAAAGCGCAGUUCCACGUCGAUCUUGGGUUCCUCAACCUGGUCGUCACGACGCACGAAUCUAUGGAUACCCGAACCUCGGAUCUGUAUGACCGAUUGGAUGCGACGAAGCAGUUCCUGAAAGAAAUUGUGCGUCAUCAAAAACUCGUGGAUGCAGCUGAAGCGCGUGGUUUUACCCGUUGCGAUUAUCACGACUUGAAGAAAUACGCCAAAUACCAACAACUGCGAAAACAUGCUUACACGGCUGAACGGUGGCGCACGCUUUCUUAUAUCAACAGUUAUCGAUGCGCGCAACGACCUGUGUACGGAAUUGAUACCGUGACAAUGUGCCGGUCCAUGACAGCAGGUUACUAUGUCAAAUUCUUCGCUACGGCCUCCGAUCCACGAUGUUACUUGGAUCGCAGCGAAGCCAUUCGACAAGCAGUGACCAGUUAUCGAGAUCGUAUCGACACGAACCUGGAGAUUCUCGAACGCUACGGAUUCGUUACGCCGAAAGCCUUGAUUUACCGACCCACCAUACCAAUUCCUCUCGAUCUUCCUGUGGAGACUCAAAAGCAGAUGCGCCUCAUGCUUGACAAUGACAUUUUCCAUCCUAUUUAUUCCCGAUUGUCUGUUGCGUUUCCUGACAAAAGACUAUUACAGUACGACUGCGGUAAAUUGCAAAAACUCGCGACACUGUUACGUGAACUGGCGGCUGGUGGUCACCGUGUGCUUAUUUUCACUCAAAUGACUCGUGUCUUGGAUGUCCUUGAAGCGUUUCUCAAUAUGCACGGCCAUCGGUAUCUUCGAUUGGAUGGUGCUACCAAAGUGGAAAAACGUCAAAUAUUAACAGAGCAGUUUAACAAUGACAAACGUAUCCUGGUGUUCAUCCUAUCAACACGCAGUGGCGGUCUGGGUAUCAAUUUGACCGGAGCAGAUACGGUGAUUUUUUACGACUCUGACUGGAAUCCGUCCAUGGAUAAACAAUGUCAAGACAGGGCCCAUCGUAUUGGUCAAACGCGUGAUGUUCACAUUUACCGCUUUGUAACGGAAUAUACCAUUGAAGAGAACAUCUUUAAAAAGGCCAAUCAAAAAAGAAUGCUGGAUAAUGUAGUGAUUCAAGAAGGUGCUUUUACUACCGAUUAUUUCAACAAGAUGGAUUGGUGGCGUGACUUACCGGAAGUACGAUCAUCGGAACAAGCUUUGCAUUUGGAAAGAGAUCAUCGGGACGCGAACAUGUCGUCAAGUAUGGAUAUGGAACGCGCCUUGCUUGAAGCUGAAGGUGAUGAAAACGAUGCUGCUGCGGCUCUGGCGGCGCGAAAGGAACUCAAUAUGGAUGAACAUGAAUUUGAAGAAUCGACAGCCAGCACGCCACAACGACAGAGUAGUGUGGUACCUUCCACCACGUCUCGUAGUGCGUCGGAAUCACCGGAUCCAGGUGAAGCGUCCAGUCAGAUCGUGGUUCCCCGAUCUUCAUCGAUGACGGAAGAAAUCAAGCGAGUCAGGGAAAUCAGUGUUUCUCGACAGGCGACGCCUGUGGGAGAACAUGAGGAAGAAGAGGAAGACCAGGAAGAAGAGGAUACCGAAGAAAUGCAACUGGGAGUGGGUCAUGUCGAUCAGUAUAUGCUUCGUUUCUGGGAACGUGAAGUAUUCGGUGUCUAUUUAGGGUUCGGUGGACUUCCUGAACCCGAAACCAACAAACGACCAUCAAUCAUGGUGCAUGACCAUUGAUGCGCAUGAUAGAUAUGUACAGCAAUAAGCUUUUCGUUUUUUUUUUUUUUUGCCAUUUGUAAAUAUCGGAAAUAUGAACGCAAAAAAGGAAAAAAACAAAGAUGCCAGAAAAAAUGGACAUCAUCCAAUGUCCUUUUCUUUCUUUUCCUUUUGGGAACGAAAUGUACGUGCUAUAAAAAAUAAUUGACAAGGUUAUUGUUCCAAGGAUCAAAAAAAUGACGCUCGUCACUGUAUACAUGAAGCCGGAUCUGUGCAACGGUUUGUUUAUCCUCUUUGGGAGUGGGGGUUAUGAAUACUAUUGCGGCGGUUACCUC